UGACACCCAUUAUUGUACUCAACCCUGUUUUUUGAUCUUUACAAUAACAGAGAUUUAUUAAAGAAACAGAUGCUUAGAAUUUGACAUCAGGGGAAGAUAUGGUCCCCAACCAAGAAACCUUAGUGGAAGCGGCGCUCCGAGUUCUCAACACCGCCGACCCCUUCGAGAAGGCCCGACUCGGCGACUCGGUGGCUACGCGUUGGCUCAAUGGAGCCAUGGCGGAACCCUACGACCCUUCUGCCGGCGACCACCUUACGCUCCCUGAUCGCCCCGCAAGGCUAUCUUCUGUGAAGUUGGUGGCGCCGAGUCUGAUGCCGAAGCUGGGCAAAGCGGGAAGCUUGCAGAGCAGAAUAGCCAUUGUUCAUAGCCUCACUCACACUGAAAGCUGGGCCAUUGACUUGUCUUGGGAUAUAAUAGCACGUUUUGGCAAGCAAGAAUCAAUGCCUAGAGAGUUCUUUACAGAUUUUGUGAAGGUAGCACAGGAUGAAGGGCGGCACUUCACUCUUCUUGCUGCACGACUUGAGGAGCUUGGUUCUUAUUAUGGAGCAUUACCAGCUCAUGAUGGCCUUUGGGAUUCUGCCACUGCUACUUGCAAGGAUUUGUUAGCACGAUUAGCCAUUGAACAUUGUGUCCAUGAGGCCAGAGGACUUGAUGUGCUGCCUACAACAAUCUCACGUUUUCGCAACAGCGGUGAUAACACUACAGCAGAUUUACUAGAAAGUGUAGUUUAUCCGGAAGAGAUUACACAUUGUGCUGCUGGAGUGAAGUGGUUCAAGUAUCUAUGCCAGAGGUCUAUGAAUUCAACCUCAGAGCAAGAAGAGCAAAGUGAAAGUAAAGAUGAAGAACAUGAAGUGAUAACAAAGUUUCAUGCAAUAGUGAGAGCAUAUUUUAGAGGACCCUUAAAACCACCAUUUAAUGAGGCUGCGAGAAAAGCAGCUGGAUUUGGUCCCCAGUGGUAUGAACCACUUGCUGUUAAAGAGGUUGAUACCAUCCAAUAGCAAAUAAUUGAUAUCUUUUAUUUAACUGGCAGUAUCCUAGCUUCAUACAUGGCAAAUGUAACACAUACAACAGCAGUUUUGGGUCUUUUUUGUUUCAUAUUUUAAA